AUGAGCAGCAGCGAAGCCAUGGACACCCUGGGGCAGUACAAGAUCACAGUGUGGGAGGAGGAGAGCUUCCAGGGCAAGCGCUGCGAGUUCCUCAUGGAGUGUCCCAGCAUCAUGGAGCGCGGCUUCCGCAAGAUCCGCUCCAUCAAGGUGGAGUCUGGCCCCUGGGUGGGCUUCGAAUACCCUGAGUACCAGGGGCAGCAGUUCAUCCUGGAGAAGGGAGACUAUCCACGGUGGGAGGCCUGGAGCGGGAACAGUGGCUACCGGACCGAGCACCUCCUCUCCUUCCGGCCCGUCAAGUGCGCGAACCACAACGACAGCAAAGUCAUCCUCUAUGAGGCGGAGAACUUCCAGGGGCACAAGUUUGAGCUGAGUGACGACUACCCCUCACUGCAGGCCAUGGGCUGGGGCAACAAGGAGGUGGCAUCCAUCAAAGUGAACGCAGGAGCGUGGGUGGCAUACCAGUACCCGGGAUACAGGGGCUACCAGUAUGUGCUGGAGCGGGACAGACAGAACGGCGAGUUCAAGAAGUACAAUGAAUACAGCAGCCAGGCCCACACCAACCAGAUCCAAUCCAUCCGCCGUGUCCAGCACUGAGCAGGGGC